UUUAAAUUUUAAUAACUACUUGCAAAUUUGUGUUAUUUGUGUGUUGUACUAAGGUUUUUUUAGUUUAUAACAAUAAAACCAAAAGUCCUUAUAUAACAAUAAUACUGAUUUAUAAUUCCUAACCAAAUACAUAUUUCAUAAAAGAUCUUGAUCUUGAUGUCAAAAAAUUAUCAUAACCUCUAAUUUUAAGUUAGUCAAUUUUUUAUACAAAAAUUUAAUUCUAUUUGCUAGUGGAAAUUAUCUUCAGUACAUCUUACAAAAUGGGAGAAAUUGAAGAUAAUUGUAAAAAAAUAAGGGCAGUUUUUCCUCCAAAUGCCCCCAUGGAACCUCGAAAUCAUUUUUCGACAACACCAGUAAUUUAUGAUACACUGUUUUUUGUAGACUUUAACAAACUAGGAAAUUGCAUACUUGGUACAUCAGGAGUUGCAGAAACAUUUUGGGAAGGAACUCUUCUUUAUUUUGAUAACAUCAAGCAGUUAGAUAAUUUUGAUUAUCAAACAUAUUAUAUUUAUUCUUCAAAUUCUGAUGGAAAGUUUAUUAAUGAUAAAACGGUAGUUCUUGCAGAUGAUACAGGACAUAUAAAUGUACUUUCUAUAGAAGUAGAUUCUUCAAUUCGUACCAUUAAUUACUUUCGCUUAUCAAACAGAGUACCCCAAAUAGGUGUUUGGGAUAAUUCAAAUAGGAUCUUGGGAGCUUCUGAUAGGUCAAUAUCCAUAUGGGAAUGUAACUCUGUAGAUGGAAAACCUCUAAAAUCAUUUGAUAAUUAUCAUUGGGAUACAGUUACAUGUUUGGAUACAUUAAGAAAUAACACAAACUUAUUUGUAUCUGGUGCCAGGGAUAGAUUAGCAUGUAUAUGGGAUGUUAGAAAUCCUGUACCUGCCUCAGUACUCUACAAUAACGAAUUUUCUACAAUAACAAGUGUGGCAUGGAAUCAAUACGAUGAUAAUUAUUUAGUAGCUGGUACUCAAGCUGGAGACAUCUAUUUAUUAGACAAACGUGAACCAAAAGAUUUCAUUUCAGUGCUCUACUGCUUUUCUGCCCCAGUAAAUAGAAUAUCUUUCAAGAAUUCAAAAGAUUUUGCUGUUUGUGGAGAUUCUAAAGAGGUUUUAGUUAUUAAUUCUGAGGGAGAUAAUCUUGAUGUUGUGUAUAAGAAUGAAAAACACAAAGGACAUGUGAAAGGAUUGGCUUGGUAUGAAGAUACAUUGUAUUCUUGUGGCUUUGGAAAAUCUGUAAUUAACCAUGUGUUUUAAUAAACAUUUAUGUAUUAUUUUUUUUAUUAAUAAAAACAUUUUUGUAAUAAACUGCUGUUGAAAA